AUGAAGGGAUUUGGUCUUUUGUCUGCGCUUCUUGCGCCUUUUGUCGAUGCAGGUUCAACAACCACGGUAGACCUCGGAUACACCAUCCACCAAGCUGAAGUUGAGAGCACACCUAAUGGACUGCGGUAUCUGAGUUUUACAAAUGUUCACUACGGGACAGCUUCUCGUUUUCAGCCUCCUGAGGCCCCGCCAGUGAACAGAACCGUACAGACUGCAGGCCCAUACAACAUCCAAUGUCCGCAAGGACAGCCAGCAUGGCUGAGCGUGGCGAGCCAGCCAGGUGAAUCCUGGACUAGUGUGCCUCCAGUCACAGAAGAAGACCUCGCUCCGAUCGACCCCAGUACCAGUGAGGACUGUCUGCUCUUGGACAUCUACGUGUCAGAGAGUGUUUUCAAGGCCAGAAAAAGCAAGAAGGCUUCAGUCAUCGUUUGGAUCCAUGGCGGAGGGUAUGUGUCUGGGUCGAAAUAUACGUACACCCCUACGCCUAAUCUGAUUGAGACGGCGCAAAAUGAGGACAAGGAUGUGAUCUUUGUUCCUAUCAAUUACCGCUUGGGGUUGUUUGGAUUCUUGGUCGACCCGGAUUCUGAUGAGAUUACGCGUAACCUAGGACUCCUAGACCAGCAGGCUGCCUUGCAAUGGAUUCGGAAAUACAUCCACCUCUUUGGCGGCGAUCCAAGUGAUGUCACAGUUAUGGGUGAGUCGGCUGGAGGCGGUUCAGUCAUGUACCAUCUCACCUCUGGCGAUGCUUCGACUCAGUCGUUAUUCCAGCGGGCUAUUAUUCAGAGCCCGUUUGCCAUCGACAUUCCUGCUAGUCAGCAGAAGAGCACGUUGCAAGAGGUGUUAGAACAAGGCAAUAUAUCUUCGUUGGAGCAGUUGAAGAGCCUGUCUACGGAGGAACUGCAGACUGUCAACGCUCUUGUUGUAGGCAACGCAAAGCCCUAUGGAACAUUUGUCUUUGGUCCGGUUAUCGAUGCCCCCAGUUUCCCGGGCUAUCCUCCCGUCCUCCUAAAGAAUGGCCAAUAUAACAAGGAUGUUUCCAUCACCGCAGGACACAACUCCAACGAAGGCACACUAUUCGCCUCCCCAUUCAUAAAAACAGACGAAGAAUACACCAGCCUCAUCUCCAGCUUCUACCCGGGCCUGUCAUCCACAGACCUCUCGACUAUCUCCGACGAGCUGUAUCCCCACGACUUCAGCGGCAAGUACGGCUACACGGACCAGACCGGCCGCGUGGCAUCCACGAUCGGAGACUCUCUUAUCAUCUGCAAUGCCUAUUUCCUCGGCGAGGCAUACACCGACGGCUUCAGAUACGAGUUCAGUGUUCCCCCGGCUAUGCAUGCAGGAGAUCUCGCGUAUACUUUCUACAUGCCGGGUAGCUCGACGGCGGGCGUAAAUACCACUCUUGCGGACAUCAUGCAGACUUACUUCGUGAGUUUCAGUACGACGGGAAAUCCUUACUCUUGUGAUCAGGAGACAGUCCCUGCAGAUGGUAUGAUUCAGAACUUUAAUAUCUCGGACUUUGGGCUUAUCCAGGAUACGGUUUCGGCUGAGAGGUGUGGUUGGUGGCAGAAGGGUGCCUUUCUGUAAUUGAUAUUGCAUUAAUAUCUCCGUUGACGAGGAAGAUGUCACCUAGUCUAUACAAUGUGGCCGGAGGAGUUGUAUAAUGAGGCCCGUGACUCCUUGAUUCCUCGUGGAAUGGUGGGUAUGGAGCUGAGGUUCGGGGUAGCUCUGCUAAGUUAUACA